AUGUUAAUGUUCGGUCGAGAGGCCCGGUUGCCAAUUGAUCUCUGUUUUGGAGUGUCUUCAGAUGGGGCACUCCCAGAAACAUACUUGGGGUAUGUGACUCGCUUAAGAGAUCAACUGAAGGAGGCAUAUCGGAUAGCGACGCAAGCAGCUGGUCACCAGAAUCAAAAGAAUAAAACCCGAUAUGAUCAGCGACUGAGGCAACAGGAGAUUCAGGGGUCGAUUCAACAACUAAUGAUCAAACCUGACCCAAGGGCUACUGAAGACCAAUGUGAAGAUGAUGACCCAUAUGCAUCGGGAGAUUCUAGUGGCGCUGGUAGCAUUCAAGAGCAGGAAGGACUUCCUGAGACAGAAGAAGUCAUUGCAUCUUCUCAACCCCUACCCGAGGAAACAACAGCUGGACCUGUAGGAGCACCUCCAACUGUAUCAGCUCAAUCAGAAGAAAUGGAUUUCUCAGGACAUCAUAUAUUAGAUGAAACACCUGAACUACCUACAAUCAAAGAACAAGGUUCAACCAGUGCAGGAAAUGAUCAACAUGAAAGUGACGCCACUACGGUAGCCCAGGAAAUACUAAAACCACAAGCUGGUUCUGGUGCUAUUGUUUUGCAAGGAGUGAGCAGAGAAAAGGGUCAAAAAGGUGAGAGAGGUGAAAAGGGAGAGCAAGGGCCGCGAGGACCACCAGGACAGUCGGAACUAGAAGAAAUGCAGACAGGGAUUCAAGGACCCCCUGGGCCUCUAGGAAAACCUGGGCGAGAUGGUGAACCUGGCAUUCCUGGUAAAGAUGGAUUGCCAGGUGAAAGAGGUCUUCAGGGAUUGCCAGGGUUGAAGGGAGAGGAUGGCCUUAAAGGAGAAAAGGGUGAGCCUGGUGUGGGACUGCCAGGACCACGAGGACUUCCAGGCCCUCCCGGUCCAUCCGCUCCAUUCAGAGGACUUAGUAGAUUGGAACCUGAAGGAUCUGGGUCUGGUGACCUUGACAGAGACAAUGAGGUUUUAAGAGGUCUCCCUGGGCCACCAGGCCCUCCAGGAUUACCCGGAGCACCAGGAAAACCUGAUUCAAAUUCAGGACCCCCUGGAUCACCAGGGAAAGAUGGGAAAGAUGGACCUUCUGGUGAGCCAGGCCCUCCAGGGCCCCAAGGACAUCCUGGACUUGAUGGAAUGGUUGGCCCUCCUGGAAAGAAAGGAGAAAAAGGUGAUCAAGGUCUUCCUGGUGCAGUUGGCCCAAAGGGAGAUGCUGGAGAUAUUGGAUCACCAGGCCCAGAAGGUCAGGCAGGUGCUGAUGGGCAGCCUGGAAAGCCUGGACCUCAAGGACCACCUGGCCCACCGGGGCCACCUGGCCCAGGCUAUGGGUUUGGAUUUGAGGACAUGGAAGGAUCAGGGAGCAUCAGUUUGUUGAGUGAACCCAGAAUUCCAGGAUCAAGAGGGCCAAAUGGUCCUGUUGGGGAGACUGGACAGCGUGGGCCAAUGGGACCAAAGGGAGAAAAAGGGGAUACUGGUCCACCAGGUAUAGCAGGUUUAAAGGUGGGGAACUCAUUUAACUUGAUUUACAAAUGCAUUGUUUUUUCUGCUUAG